UGUAACAAUCAGAUAUAGUUAUUCAGGUCAUCCUUGGAUGGGAAGAGGCCAAGUAAGCAGCUGGUGCAAUAAGAGGACUAAGAUGUCAGCUUGAAAGGUUAGACUCCUGCGAGCGUGCCCGUCAACCCUCUGUUCAGUGUCUCUGCUCACCGGGCUGCUUAUGCUGCACGUUAGAAAUCAAUGAGUAUCCCUGCAGCAAUAGAGAUGGAGUACAACCAGUGAAGUCCUGAAGUGGAGCACAGAAGAUCGGCAGGAGCAACAGACAAAAAUGGAGCUCUCUUCUUUUUUCCUUGUUGCUCUAACUGCAUCUCUCUGUUCACUCGGAAGCCUCACUCAGACUAAGUUCGGAUCAGAGAGCUUUUUGGAGGGCAGUGGACUCACCGCUGAAAGCACGACCGUACUUGAGCUCAGCAAUGAAACUGCAAUCAGAAAGGAGUCUAAGCGAGGGGGCAAUGAAAACCUCUCAGGGACUGAAAUCACAUUAAGCACAAGACCAGCACUAAGUGUCUACAGCUCAGGAGCUCAUAACCAAGGAGCAGACAAGGCUAAAGAUUCAGUUACAGGACACGCUCGCUCCACUGUGAUCUCUAAGGACGUCCCUUUGGAUGUUGAUAAGGAUUUUCAGAGAGGUGAAGAGCAUCCCAGAUUCCCAGUCCAAACCAGUGUGUUUACCUUCAUGACUGAUCCCAGCCUGCCGGGACCUGGGAGCCCCUGCGUGCUCGGCGUCACGCACUGCACCGUCUUGAAAAGCUUCAAUGGCACCAGCCUGCUCUGGGAUGACAUGAGGCGCACGCUGGCAUUUGCUUGGGAGCUGCAUGUCUUCGGAUCUGCAAGCCUUUUCCUGCUGAUUACAGUCCUGGCGGUUUUGGGAAUGGCUGGAGCGUGCACUCUUCCACAUGCCCUUUGGGACGCCCUCACGCUCUCUAAUGGUUUCCUAACUAUGGCAGGCGCUUUGCGCACAGCUCUCCUCCUCGUCGACCCUUACGGCACCCGUCAGAUCCUGCCUCAUGCCACACUGGCGGCAUUACAAAAUGUUCCUCUGCAGCUUCUUCUGUGGGCGCAGGUUGUCCUCGCUCUAGUCACACUCCGAGGGCCGAAAGUAAUACCUUUCCCUUUAAAGCUGCAGUCCCCGCGGGUGGUUGGAUUGCUCGGUGUAUCCCACUGCGCUUUCUUACUUUUAGCCGAUCUGUACUCUUCAACCUUGCCCCCGGCUUUUCCUCUUCUGCUGCAGACCAUCACCCUUUGCUGCGGUGUUCCUUUCUGUCUGGCUCUUCUCUCUAAGUCCCUCUCCCAUUCACAGCCCUUCUCCAGAUCUGCUGUCCCUCAGUGGGUUCCCUCUCAGAGAACAGAGCGGCUCGGGAAGCGAGUAACCGCCGUCUGCGCCUUCCUCGGUGUGCUGUGUUGCGGCCUUCAGAUGUAUAGUCUUCUCUGGCUUUAUGGGCUCCUGGGGAACUGGAGGCGCUUCAGUUGGGGUUGGUGGCUCAGUCAGUUCUGGGCCAGAAUACUUGAGCUAGCAUGGGGAUUCUCUAUCCUUUUUCUUGGAUCGUGGAUCUUCUGGACACCAUCUAAAGGCCACGCAAGAGGCAAUCAUUCACAGGGUAGGGAUAACAUCUCUAAAAAGGCAGAAAGGAAAAGCUUCUGGCAUACAUUCCUGGCCAUCGUGCAGAGAGGCCCGAUGAAAAAGUCAGAGAAAUCCCUGGAAGACUUGAUGCCAAAUAACUUCGCAAAGCACAACAUGUCUAGAUGUGGCGUCGGCAGCAAUGCAAUGCAUGAUGGUAAACAUGCUCCCUCUAAACUGGACUACAGUUCCGACCCUGUCAGCAGCGGCAACAGCUGCGACUCUCAGACCACGUUGCUGUGGCAGAGAGUUGGUGAGCGAGAAUGUGUUCUCUCGCUUAUAGAGUUUGACAUGAAGCCCCCGUCUCCCAUCAACCUCAGGCUCAGCAUCGACAACGCCCUUUAUCACGGGCAGCAUGGAGCCGGAGCCGUCUUCACGCCGCCCCCUCCCUCUUGGACGCAGAGUUUGAGCGCAAAUGGCGAGAGCGGACCAACCACCUUCCCUCCAGCCUAUGUGGGCUACGGGUGGAUGUUAGAUACGGAGUCCAUAUCUGCAUCCUUAGACCAUUUCCAGGCCAAGGAGCCGGCACAGUCAGUAAAUGCCACACCAGAUUUUAACAGCAGGAUUGGAUCUCCAGCUGCUGAACCGAUGGGAGGAACCCUCUCGGUAGUGAUGCUUCAAAAUGACUGGUCUGACGACGACGUCACAGAUCUUUAGGUUCGUUGUCUUUACAAAUGCAAAAAUAAUCAGAUCUUUUUCAGAUCUUGUAAAACUGUUGCAGGAGAUUGUUUCCCACGAGGGUAACUAUUCAACUUCUAAGAUUCUAAUUUUGACUUGGAAACUUUGCAUAUCUGUAGUGAAGGCCAGUCAUUGUAACAUCGAUCUUCUCACAGAGUCUGCACUGCUUGAGUCCUUCCUGAUGUGAAUUUGUUUUAGUUCACAUGAUCCGCAAGGAGAGCAAAUUAAAAAUGGACAUACUGCAUGAAUGUGAAAUGAGAUG